UUAACCUCAUUCUUUGUCUCUUAUCCCAUAACUGUAAACUGAGCGGUAAUAGACUGCUGUGAGAUUUAAUUAAGACAUAAUGUGCCUGCAUACGUGUGAUAUAGCAAGGAUAUCAUAAAUAUUAGUUAUUAAUAAUUUGUGGGAAUAGGCCUUUCCAGAUUACGGAUUGCUUUUCUCUUAAAGGUUUAUUUCAAAUAUCUCUAUGACCCAGGUAAUUGGGCAGGGUAGGAGGAGCUGCUUGCUGAUUGGAGACGGAAUGCGGAGUGGAUGUAGGGGGCGUAGACGGACAGCGACAGAAGCUGAUAACAGCACAGGAGGGCAAAGUCUGCUCUGCAGCCUCCAAAAUAAACGAGUCUAGCAAUCGGCGCAGAACCCCAGCGGUCAGCAGCUUCCGCGCGAAGCAACUAACAUCUGAAGGCUUCCCAAAGCAGCAGGGCUCUGAGAAUCUAGCGCGGGAGAGUUUUUGACCCGAGAGGAGCCAGAAGGGGGCCUCAGCGCAGCCUCCACUCCACUCAAUUCCCGGAGUUGCCUUGGCGGGCUCCACGCUCCGAGAGACGCCGUUGACCUGUGAGGCGUGUCUGUGUUUCUCUGGUUCCUCCAGCAGCCGCGCGGAGGGGCAGCUGCUCCACUCCGGCCAGAAACACGAGUUAUCCCGGGCCGCCCCCAGGCCCGCGGGAGCUCUGAAAGUUUCUAACAACCCCUGGGCCGCGCCCGGCGCUGAGGCCCCGCCUGGCCAAAGCCAUUGGCAGAGGCUGCCCCGGGGGCGGGGUCAGGGCGCCCCUUCCCGCACCCCGCAGCCCCACCCGCCGCGGGUCCGCAGGGAGGAGAGGCCCAGGUGAGGAGCCAGCGCCCGCGUUCGGGAACCCCCGUCCCGGGGCCAUGGGGGCACAGGUGAGGCUGCCGCCCGGAGAGCCCUGCCGAGAAGGAUAUGUGCUGUCUCUGGUCUGUCCAAACUCCUCCCAGGCUUGGUGUGAGAUCACGAAUGUGUCACAGCUGCUGGCUUCUCCUAUGCUCUACACGGAACUGAAUUCCAGCAUAACCAACUUGGGCAUUUCAGCAAACGUAGAAAACAAAUACAGUCUUUAUAUGGGCUUGGUACUGGCAGUAAGCUCCAGUAUUUUUAUUGGCUCCAGCUUCAUAUUGAAAAAGAAGGGCCUCUUGCAACUGGCCAGCAAGGGCGUUACUAGAGCUGGACAAGGUGGACAUUCUUACCUGAAGGAAUGGCUCUGGUGGGCAGGAUUGCUGUCAAUGGGAACAGGAGAGGCUGCGAAUUUUGCAGCUUAUGCUUUUGCACCUGCCACCUUGGUCACCCCCCUGGGCGCUCUGAGUGUUCUCAUAAGUGCAAUAUUAUCUUCCUACUUUUUAAAUGAGCACUUGAACAUUCAUGGGAAAAUAGGCUGCGUAUUAAGUAUAUUGGGGUCAACUGUGAUGGUUAUCCAUGCCCCACAAGAAGAGGAAGUCACUUCUUUGCAUGAAAUGGAAAUGAAAUUGAGAGAUCCAGGGUUUAUUUCCUUCGCUGUGAUCAUAACUGUGAUCUCCUUGGUGCUGAUUUUGAUUGUGGCUCCCAAGAAAGGACAGACCAAUAUACUGAUCUAUAUUUCAAUCUGUUCUUUGAUUGGAGCGUUUUCAGUUUCUUCUGUCAAAGGCCUGGGAAUUGCCAUUAAGGAGCUGAUAGAAUGGAAGCCAGUUUACAAACAUCCCCUGGUCUUUGUUUUGCUGGCUGUACUUGUGCUUUCAGUAACUACACAGAUUAACUAUCUCAACAAGGCACUGGACACCUUUAAUACUUCUCUCGUGACACCCAUUUAUUAUGUAUUCUUCACAUCCAUGGUGGUGACUUGCUCUGCUGUCUUAUUCCAAGAGUGGUAUGGCAUGACAGCUGGAGAUAUCCUUGGGACCCUGAGUGGAUUCUUCACUAUUAUCAUUGGCAUCUUCCUUCUACAUGCUUUUAAAAACACUGACAUUUCUUGGAGCGAGCUUACAUCUACUGCUAAGAAGGAAGUCGUCUCUCUGAAUGUCAGUGAAAACAAUUAUGUUUUACUAGAGAACCUGGAGUGUUCAGCCCCAGGAUACAAUGAUGAUGUUACCCUGUUUAGCAGAACUGAUGACUGAAGUCUCUAGAAACAUUGAGUUUUAACCACUAUGAGACACAUGAAGAAGAAAAUGAGUGCUUGCUUCUUGGAAGAACUGCUAGGAAAGCUAGGAUUUUUACAGUUCUAACUAAUUUAGAUGUGAGGCCAAGUAAAAAUGUCAUCUUUUUGGCCAUGAAUUUGAAAAUCAGAUUGAUUAUCCUCCAGAAGACUUCUGCUGCUUUUCAUUUCUACAAACUUUGAAAUUAUCCCUAAGGAUCAAAGAAGUUAAAGAGCUAUGUGUGUCUCCUUCUUCUGGUCACAAUAUAUUUGUCUCUGCCAGGUGGCUCUUUUUAGACUCACAGUCAUUCACUAAUAUAAAAUUAGCAGUGUUCUGAUACAUGCAGUAUCAGCCAUAUUCUCUGUUGAGUCAUAACUUCAAAUUAUUAAAACUGAGAAGAGAGGCCAGGUACGGUGGUUCACAUCUGUAAUCCUAGCACUUUGGGAGGCUGAGGCAGGCAGAUCACUUGAGCU